AUGUCGUCGGCCGCGUCGAGACCCAAAAUGCAUUUGGCAUUGGUCGCCAAUUAUGAUGAAUAUGUAUUGGAAUGUUGCAGCAGUGAGCCGGCGACAAGCACAUCGUCAACAUCAUCAUCAUCAUCAUCAACGGCGGCAAUAGCAUCACCGAGUCGACGACGCGUUCCGGUCCGGAAAAAGGUGUCGGCGUUCGCGAGCGCGAUGGCCGCCGCACGAGCACAAUCGCCGCAGAGUCCCAGCAAACACAUAACGGUCGUCGAUGUCUACGAUCUCGCUGCGUCGAUUGGGAAUGAUUUCGAGAAGCUGAUCGAUUGUUACGGCAACGAGUGCGUUCGCGGCAUCAUGCCGAAAGUGAUAUCGGCACUCGAGACGCUCGAAUCGCUCGCCGCCACGAAUGAUCGCGAGAAUGAGGAGAUCGCGCGGUUGUCGAAGGCCGUCGAGCGGCUCGAGCUUGAGAAACACCAACGGCAUCAGCAACACUUGAAGUUCGAGGAGGAGCUCGAUCAGGUCGAGCGCACCUAUCGAAAAGACAUCGACGAUCUCCAAGAGAUGGUCAAAACGCUGAUGAAUGAGAACAAGAAUUUGUCGACGACGAUGUCGUCGCUGCCGUCGGACAGUCCGACGGGGCAUUCGAUGAGAGAAGCUGACUUGAAAAUGCUGCUCGAGCUCAAAGAGACGUCGGCGCAGCAGAAGGAGGAGAUCAAAUCUCUACAGCGUGAUGUUGAGACAUACCAAUGUCAAGUCGAAAAUCUGCAAAACUCGAUUGAGAAGCUCAUUCGUCAAAACGAGGAGCUUCUUCGAAAGAACGCGUCGCUUCAAAAGCAGGGCCGAAUGAUCGUCGAGGAGAAAAUGGAGAUUGUGAAGCGUCUCGAGAAGGCCGAAGAAUCGAAUUUGGAGUUGUGCAAACUCGUCAAAGAGACGGACCGCGCGUGCAAAGAUUUGCAGAUUGCCAACGCGGACAGCAGCGAGCCGCGGUUCACGCUCAGCGAGCUUCGCGAGGUUCUCAAAGAGAAGAACAUACUGAAGGGACGCGUCAUGGAGCUCGAGGAGGAGCUCGAGCAGUUCAAGCCGGGCACCAAACAUCGAAGUAUUAUGCGGCUCGAUGAGGAUGACGAAGACGACAAAUUAAAAGACGCUCAGAAGCCGGAUAGCGCGAGACCGGAGAAUUCCGACGAGUUGCCCGUGUACGGACCGUUGCCGAGAGAGCCGGAAGAGAAGCUCUACCCGUGGAAGUAUGAGCGGAAGGACUCGGGAGUUCGGAAAUUCUUCCGAUUCUUCAAAGACUUUGGCUCGACGUCGUCGCCUCGUCGCGGCUCGUCGGCGAAUGUCUCGCCACGAUUACCGGCGCGAGCGAUUCCGCCAUCAUUAAACUAA